CCGGAUUCGGCCACUCUUCGACCCGCAUGUGAUCCUGGAUAACUUAAUGACGCAUACAACCUUGGAAGCUGAGCUAAAGCAAUAUCAUCCAUGUCAUAUGGAAGAAGAAACAUGGAGAUCGAUCGCUAUGCCCAAACUGCAGAUGUCAAUCAUCGCAUCGAGUCCAGAACAAUCCGAACAAGGUCUACGGUAGUAUGUAGAGAAAAGGCUCACCAGUCUCUGCCAGUAUGGGCACAGAAUAGAGCCCUAUCUGCGAUCUCUUCGAUCUUAUAAUUGAAUUUCUGGCUCGUAUUUGGGACUAUACCCCUCUCAUAUAUCUCGUAUAUGUGAGAACAUGUAUCUAGAAAAGUUUAUUGCGUUUUCCCCGGAUCCCCCCCGCCAUCGCCCCUCCGUCCUGGUUGCGGAAAUGAUGUCUACCAUGAAUAACGGAGAAUAUAGUUCUGCACAAGGUAUAUAAAGCGUGCUGAGUUUGGUCUUGAAUGGAAUGAGGGAACUCGAACCCCCGUUGCUAGUAUCUCCUGGAAUCAAUUCAUCUACCAAGAAAGCGUACACCAUACAGUUAAUUCAAGAUCUUCCACCUCAGACCAUGUCGUCCAACUCUCAACAACCUCACCACCGUGGCUGGUUUUCGGAGGAGAUUUUCAACCACAGACAUCACAACGAUGGUGCCAAUGAGGUCCAUGCGCAAGAGAGCCAUGUCCGGAACAAAGAGUCACCCAAGAAAGAAAGUGAGAUACAAAGGCUCGUGGAUGAUCUCAAGAAGGGUGAAAGGGGAUUCAAAGACUAUAUCCACAAGGAUAAGCAAUUGGACGAGGAAGGAGGGACUUAUGGCGGUUUAAUGUGAUGGACUGAGAGUACUUUUGUCGUACAAAUGCUGGGGACAUGGAAUCUGUAGUUGGCCGCUGCUUUAGUUGAAUUAAUGUGGUGCUAGCCAGACACGAAAAAUGCAAUGGUAAGGUCAAAA